AUGACUGUUGUUGUUCAAACACGUGAUCGUUGUCGUCUAUGUUUUUCAUUACUUUUACGUGAUCGUUCGAUAUGUUGUCAAAAAUCCUAUCAUUUAUUUAAACAUAUUGAACGUGAAAAAAUUCCAAUAAAUAAAUUAAAUCCAUAUCAAAUUAAAAUACGAAAUCAAACUGUUUGUUUUCGAGAUUUAAUUCUACGUUAUUUACAUACACAAAUUGAUCAAACAAGAAAAUUUUCAAAUUUAAUAUGUUAUGAUUGUUCGAUGGUAUUAUUAGAUAUUGAACAAUGUGCAAAAUAUUUAAGAAAAACAAUAAAUCAAUUAAAGAUUAAAUUAAAUAAAUCAAAUCGUCUUCGAACAUCAUCAUUAUCAGCAACAUUUCAAAAGAAAAGAUCACAACAACAACAACAAAAUACAACAGUGAAAGAUGAACCAAUACCAAUUAUUCAUUCAGAUUCAGAUGAAGAAUUUGAUGAUAUUGACGAUGAAGAGGAAUUUGAUGACGAACAAGAUGAUACAAGUAAACCAAAUGUAUCAACAAAUAUAAAAUCAUCAAAUCAACUAAAAUCUCUUCAAUUUACAUCACCAUCUUCUGGCGGUGAUUCUUCAUCAAGUUUAUUAACAUCAAAAGUUCAUUUAACUAAUACUACUAAUCGUCCGUGCAAUGAUAAUGAUCAUGAAGAUGAAGAUGAGGAAGAUGAAGAUGGAUUAAUAAGGAGCUCACCUGAAAAAUCUCAACAACAAAAUUUAACUGAAUUUUUUCAUCGUUUACAAACAAAUUCUAUGAAUGCUUUAUCCGGUUCAAAUGGUUUAAUAACAACAGGUAAUACAAUGAAUUUACUUCAAGAAACAGAUCCAAAUCUUCUUCAAUUACGUCUUGCUCAUAUGAUGCAAUCUGCGGCUAAUUCAACGAAUAUGGGUCAAAAUCUAAAUCAUUCUAAUAAUAAUAAUAUGGAUCCAAUGAUGAAUACAAUUGCUAAUAUGCAAAGAAAUUUUCUUUUGCAAUGCUUCAAUGAUCCAAUAGCAGCUGCACAAGUAGCACAAGCUGCAGCUGCUGCUGUUUCAGCUACACAAAUCAAAUCUAAUAUAACACCAAUGUCAUUAAUAACACCGAAUGCUAAACAAAUUGGAGGUGGUAGAAAAAGAAAAUCAACACCUGGAAAACGUGUUAUAACAAAUCAUCGAUCAUCAAAUAAUAAUAAUGAUGAUAUAUCUCCAACAAUUGAACAUGAAUCCACAGAUCCUAAUAAUAUGAAUGAUUCAAUUGACCAUCCACUUGAAUUAACCCUGAAAUGUUUGCAACAAUCAAAUCGAGUUUUACCAUCAUCAACUAAAUCAACAGCAGAUGUUCAUAAUCUUGUGAUCAAUGCUAAAAUGGAAAAUGGUAGUCCAUCUUAUCAGCAGAAUUAUUUAAAUCAAUAUCAAUCUGCUGAUGAAGAUCGUAGAGAGAGUGCGACACCGAAUGAUUCGUCGUUAUCUCUUUCUCCCUCAUUAAGUCGACGUACGGCACAUUCAAAACGACAAAAAAUGUCAACAAUACCUGGUCAAUAUGAUUAUACAAAUAAUUUAAAAAUUAACUUAUCUCAAACACCAACAUUAGAUUUACUUUCACCCAAUCAUCAAACAACACUCAAUGAUGAUAUGAAUACAACUAAUCAACAAAAACAACAAAGUAAACUAGAUCCACGAUCAUGUGCUGAAUGUGGAAAAAUCUUAUUCAGUGAUAAAGCACAUUUAAUUCAUUGUCAAACACAUGCAAAAAAUGAAAAACAAUGUUGGAUAUGUGGAAUUCAUGAUGAUGAUAUUAAAAAACAUAUUAUCAAUGUACAUGGAAAUCAAAAAUUUACAAAUACGGGUUUUAAAUGUCAACAUUGUGAAAAAGUGUUUCCUGUUUAUGCUGAUUUAGAAGCACAUACACGAGAACAUAGCAAGAAAAAACCAUUUGAAUGUCCAAUAUGUAAUAAACGUUUUGGUCAACAAGGAAAUUUAAGUUGUCAUUUACGAAUACAUAGUGGUGUUAAACCAUUUACUUGUGCGAAUUGUGGUAAAGCAUUUCGUCAUUCAAAUAGUUUACGACGUCAUGCACGUACAGUUCAUUCAGCAACUCGUGGUUUAUCGAUGAGUCCAGGAUCAGUUGCAACAGCAACACCCAAUUCACUUCUUCUUACUACUGCUACGACUAGUAAUUCAAUGGUAUCAAUGACAAAUGAUGUUCAUCGUUUAAGUACAAGUGAAACAUUUGAUGAUGGUACUUCAGGGCUUAUGAUACCAUCUGAUGAUGCUGAGUCAUUACAAGGUCCACCUUCAACAUCAACAGCUGGUGUACCAUCACCUUCAAUAUCUAAUGCACAAAUCGAUAGUGAUUCUCAUGAACAAUUUGGGACAAGUAUAUUAAUUCAAGUUCAAAAAGUAAAAGUUGAUGGUGAAGGUUUAAUUAUACAAAUUGAUCAAUUAAUGAAACAAAAUCAAAUUAAUUUUAGUAUACUUGCUACGAUUCCUGCUAUACUAAUUAUUACUUUUGUUACUAUUGCUACAAAAAAUAUUGUAAGUGAUAGAGUAAUAAAUCGACGAAAAUUUGAUUUAACAACAAUUCGUGAACAAAUCAUACGUAUACUUCGAGAAAUUGAACAUAUAUUAAUUUUUAAUAAUGAAAUGCCAGCAUUAACAAUUAAUAAUCAAGAAUUAAUUGUUGUUGAACAUAGUGAUAAUGAAAAUGGUGAUCAACAAAAUACAAUGACUUAUUUAACAUUUGGUCAUUUUCUAUCUCAUAUUUAUGAAUUAAAAUAUUUUACUAAACAACUUAAAUCAAAACGUAUGCUUUCAAAAGAAUUUAAUGAUGAUAUUGAUUUAUUAACACAUCCACAAUUAUCACCGGAACAAAAACUUUUAAUUAUUCAACAAAUCUAUCACUCCUAUUCAUUUCUUGUUCACUCUUAA